AUGGAUGUUAGGAGUUCUGUGGCUGACCAUAGCGAAGACAGGCGGAAUGAACGCGAUCGGACUAACUUAACCACACCAAUCGAACAGCCAAUAUCACUACAGGACACUGAGAGGACUCGGAUACUAUCACCGCCUCUGCGUCCCCUUUCCCCCUCCGAGCCUACAAGUCCACUCGCCUCUCUAGAAGAUCUCGUCGCACUCGCCUCUCGAUCUCCUCUGGAUAGUAUACAGAGGGAGAUGUCUUUCAUCACUCGUCUCCGAAGCGCUACACUGGACGAUGGUGUUGGCCUCAAAGGCCAUGCUCUCGACCGCCUUCGAAACCCGCCAACUACACCUCUCGAGAUCGACUGCAAAAAAGAACUCUUGGCCCUUCGAAUGCUCGAAGCGGUCGAGCACGCUCCCGAGGAUACAUUCUACAAGAUACGUGACGCUAUAAACGAAUGUUUUGCGACCGCCAUUCCCUCCUUUGAAGGCACCAAAGACACUCUGGCUACGCUCACUGGCAUCGAGGCCGUGCACGAUGAUAUGUGCGUCAGAUCUUGUGCAGCCUUUACAGGAGACUGGGCCGAUCUCGACGAAUGUCCGGACUGUGGAGAGCCACGAUACAACCAAGAGAAACUACAGCAAUCCAACGGUCGUAAAAAAGUCCCUCGCGUUCAAUGCACAACAUAUCUCCUUGGGCCCCAGAUUCAGACGCUCUGGCGGCAUCAGGAAAGUGCACGGAAGAUGCACUACAAGCACAAUCGCAUUCGGGAGAUUAUUGAGGAGAUUAGACAAAGUCCUCAGCGUCUUCCGAGAGUAUACGAUGAUGUAUUCACCGGAUCAGCGUUUUUAGACGACCUUCGCAGCGGAAAAAUUAAGAUGGACGACACGUUUGUGAUGCUAUCGAUCGACGGUGCCCAGCUCACGGAGAAAAAGGCCUCCUCUGUCACGAUCUACACAUGGAUCGUUCUCGAUCUAUCCCCCGAGCAUCGCUACAAGAAGAGAUACGUCCUUCCGGGCGGUGUCAUUCCGGGGCCCAACAAGCCCAAGUUCCUUUCCUCAUUUUUAUUUACAGGUAUGCAUCACGUCUCCGCGCUCCAGAAGGAGCCUAUGCCUCUCUGGGACGCAUCUACAGGGCGGCUGUUCGACUCAUUCCUAUUCGUGGUUCUUGUGCUAGCGGACGGUCCUGGGCUCAUAAGCUAUAGUAAUAUGGUCGGCCACGGCGGUAAGUACGGCUGUCGGAUGAACUGCGAGCUCUACGGCCGGCGCAUCACCGGGUCUGUUUACUAUCCAGCUCUCUUGGCUCCGAAUAACUGGGUUUGUGAUGCUCGAGGCGACAUUGAUCCGUGGAGUAUUUCCGCGAGCUCCUCGGCAAGAUAUGUUGAGAAACUAAAAAUCGUCAUGGGCUCUCAUACUCUCGCUAGCUUUGCACGGAACCGCCUCGAGACUGGGAUCGUUGGUCCGAGUCUUCUGCUGGGUCUACAGCCAGACAAGAUCCUCGGCAUCCCCGAGAACUUUACCUCUGAGCUCAUGCAUUACACCGGCGCCAACAUGCCCAGUCUAUGGGUCAAUCUAUGGCGCGGAAGCAAAACUCUUGUGCAUGCUACUGACGAUGUUAAUACUUGGGGCUGGGCGGUCUUACAGGGCGAUACCUGGGUAGCUCAUGGUGCUCUCGUCGUUGCAGCACAUGAGCACAUUCCGUCAUCUCAUGGCAAACUGCCUCGUAACCCCGAGCAGGCUUGGAACUCAGGCUACAAAGCACAGGAGAACAACGUCUGGAUCUAUGGUCUUUGCCCAGGGCUCUUGUUCGGGGUUCUUCCGUUCGAGUACUGGCAGAACUUCUGCCGCUUUGUUAAGGGUAUCCGAAUAAUGCACCAGUGCAGUAUUACUCCAGCACAGUUAGACGACGCUCGAAGAACACUAAUCGACUGGGAACUCGAGUUCGAAGAGCUAUACUACAGGCAGCAGAAAAAUCGGCUUCAUUUCGUCCGACCAUGCGUCCAUCUCACCCACCAUCUGGCUGCCGAAGCCGCUCGUGUUGGCUCUCCUAUCUGCUCAUCGCAGUAUCCCAUGGAGCGGACGAUCGGUAAUCUGAAAGAGGAGAUGCGUCAGCCGUCGAACCCAUUCGCCAACCUCGCCGAGCGAGGCCUUUUGCGUGCUCAAAUGAACGCCCUCAAGGCAAUGUACCCUUCUUUGGCACCUUCGAAGGAUGAACGCGAUCCCACUGGCUCUGUCUCUCUCGGUGGUGGCUAUACUUUUCUGUUCAAGAAGGACAAGAAAUCUCUCGGUUCGCUGCGUGAAUGUGAACGGGCUAUUAUUCUAGAAUUUACUCGCGUUGCUCUGGUUCGCAUUAUUCGCUGGGCUCGUCUUAAGUUGCCUACUGGUCAAAUCGCUCGGUCUCUCUGGGGCGAAUCACUAAACACUCGCUGCACUCGUCGUUCUCGCAACGUCAAGAUCCUGUAUGAAGGCGAGGAUCGUUUCGCCGAAAUAUUCUACUUUGUACAGCUACCUCUGGUGCUUCCUAACGGCGACUUUCAUGAAGACGAGACGAGCCGCAUGGCGCUCGUGUCAAUCUACUCUCAGCCGCACGCAGCAGUUCUGGGGCUUUCACAUGGACAGCUAGUAUCUUGUUCGCAUACUGGCGAUGCUGCGCUUCGACUCAUCGACGUCAAGACGAUUAAGUCCGUCGUGGCCAUGAUCCCACAUAAGCUCACUCCACUAGGUGAUGAAACAACGCGUUAUUUCGCCAUGGAGAAGCUUGGGCUCGAUGUUCUGAGAAUUGGAGGGAUGGACGAGCCAGAGGAAACUGGUGCUAACGACGGACUUGUUAUUAAUGAGGACGAUUAUUAG